GCCCUGUCGCGCCUAGCUAGCUAAUCGACGGCAGACUAGACGUGUACGGCAUGUACGGUGUAGUGGUUGCAUCUCGUCCAUAUUUUUCGUCAAGAUUAUUCUGAUCCGUCGUGUCGGGAAGUUGUUCAUCUGUAUUAUUGUCAUUACAAUCAAGUUAAAAAAACUCUACAAGAAUGCCAGAGCGAGACAAAGAUGAACCAUUCUCCAACCCAUUGCCACCUGCAGACAUCCGACGUAUGUCAGAGGAAUCAGACGCAUCCUUGACACACAUGACCAAUGCUGACUUCAGGAAGUUGUUGAUGACUCCUAGAGCUACCCCAGGGGAAGCACCACCUUCUAAAGUCAAACAUGACAAGGAAUUACCAAGAGAUUACAAUGAAGCUGAUGAUCCCAGAGCAUUGCGUCGGAAGAAGAAAAGUUUCUAUGCUAAACUCAAGAAACAAGAAAUGGAGAGGGAAGCAGAGUUGGCCAAGAAAUACAGAAACAGGGCCCAAGAACGACGUGAGGGCAAGAAUGAUUAUGAAGAUACCGAAGUAGUCAGCACCACGGCCAACUACCGAGCAGUAGCUCCAGAUGCACAGGCGGGAGACACAGCUUCAAACCGCCGAAAACAGCUGAUCGAAGAAAGUAAAUACCUGGGAGGUGACAUGGAACAUACUCAUUUGGUGAAAGGUCUGGACUAUGCAUUGCUGCAUAAGGUGCGAGCUGAGAUAACAACCAAGGAGAAGGAAAGAGAAGACAUUAUGGAGAGUAGCUAUCAGAACUCAAGCAAGAACCAGAAAGUUGUUGAACCUGAAGAAAGUAUGCAGUUCAAGACCAAAAUUGCACGGAACAUCUAUCGUACUUUGUUUAAGACCAAGUUACCUGAGCGUAAUGAGCUGUUUCUACCAGGUCGAAUGGCUUACAAGGUAGAACUUGAGGAUGAAUAUUUGGAGAGUGAUAUACCAACAACAGUCAUCAGAAGCAAAGCAGACUGUCCUACAAUGGAGUCUCAAACCACACUCACCACCAAUGACAUCGUGAUUAACAAACUGACUCAGAUUUUGUCUUAUCUAAGACAAGGUCAGAGAGGCAAGAAACUCAAGAAGAAAGACAAAGGAAAAGGCAAAGAUGAGAAAAUUGACAAGGACAAACUUCCUGGAGCAGAUGACAGCAUCUUUGCUGACAUUGGUGAAUAUGCUCCCAGCUUCACCAAGGCUAGACCUGCUACUAAAGACAGAGACAAUAAGGACAGGGAGCGUGACAGAGACCGUGAUCGAGACCGUGACAGGGAACGUGAUAGAGACCGUGACAGAGACCGUGAUAGAGAUCGUCAUAGAGACAGAGAGAGGGGGCGUGACCGAGACAGAGAACGAGAGGAGGAUAGACGAUCUAGGAACUACUUUGAACGACCCAAAGUUGAUGAUGAGACACCUGUACCAAAGAGGAGUUCCAAUGCCAAGGAUUUUGCCCAUAUCAUAAAUGAGAAAUAUGGAAAGGUUGAGCCGAGACAUGAGGAACGUUUUGCUGGAACCAUGACUGCUGUAGAUAUGGCAGCAUCUCAGGCAAAGGAUAAAGAGCGUGGCAUAGCAUUCAAGGGUGAAGACAGACAACGAAGCAAAGGAACCAAGAAUGACUUUGUAGAUAGCUAUGCAGAGUGUUAUCCUGGAGCUGCUGAGACUGCUGAUGCAUUGGAUGAUUCCGAUGAUGAAGUUGAUUACAGUAAAAUGGACUUGGGAAACAAGAAGGGUCCAGUUGGACGAUGGGACUUUGAUACUCAGGAGGAAUACAGCACGUACAUGAAUAACAAGGAGGCAUUGCCAAAAGCUGCUUUUCAGUUUGGCAUUAAGAUGUCUGAGGGACGUAAGACACGACGGACAUUUGGUGAAAAGAAUGAGAAAGCUGAGCUGGAUCGUGAAUGGCAACAGAUCAGCCAGAUCAUCUCCAAGAGGAAAACUGGCCCAGAGGGAGGAAGCGGGAGCAAGCGACCCAAGUACUGAAGAAAUGUCCGUGUUUGUGUCAUUCAUGAGUCACAUUUAUGCUAAUGAGGGUUAAGCUGCUCUGCCCAGGUCAAUGACAAUAUUUACCAUAAUUACUUGUGAAUAUGAACAAUUUACACUGUUAUUCAUUCAGAUUGAUUUAAAGUUUUGAUUCUAAAUUAAGGUCAAUUUAAGCAUAUAUAUAUUGAGUAUGAUGUGUACACUUUUGUAAUGUUAUUGAAAUAGGAACAGCUGAAUGAAAGUUUUUUUAAAAGCACAUAAUUGCGAAGGAAUUACAUGUAUCUAUAAUCACUGCAGUGUGGUACAAAGUACAUGUACUCAAAAACAAUCAAGCAAUUUCUAGCAAGUCAAGCAAGUUGUUGACUCCAAAUGUUAUAUUACAACCACUGAUGAAUACAUGUACAUUUGUACUGUCAGAGGUUGCACUUUUUGGACUUGAAAGAUGCUCUGGAAGCUUGAAGCUUCAUAGGGCUUCUAAGAUCACAACGUGACGUUGUCUCUUUCAAAAGUUGCCUCAAAACUUCUUCCUUAAUCAAGCCACUUUAGCAUCAACGAUAUACCUUUGGGAGACAUGUGGAAUUAGGGAGUCAUUUCAAUGUCUCCCUAAUUCCUCAGCUCCUAUUUAGAGGCAACAUUUUACCGACGCAAAUAGGCUAGAUCGAUUGCUCAUCGUCCAGCUGGUAAAAAUACCAAACUUGGGAUAAGGUAAAAUUGGGGCUAGGGUCAGGAAAAUCUGAAAACGUUUGUGCACAAGUCAGUGAGAAUGUCUCCCUAAUGGUAUAGUUUUCAGCUAUAUUAUUAUUUUUAUUAUAUUUAUUAUUACUACAGUUGUAUAUGCAUUUAAUGAUCCAUGCAGUCAUGGAAAGGCAAGAACAAUCUGAGCUCAACAAUUGCUCUUCAGAAACAUUAAACAACGGUAAUUCUCUACCAUGUGUGAAAAAUGGUAUUCAUAAUUACCUAAGACAGUUUACCCAUUCCUAUUGGGAGAGAGCCUGUCACGUGGGUAGUUUUAAACGGUUGAUAAAACACCGUCCAGCUGGUUGUAAUCACUUCAGGUGUCACAUGAAAUUUGGACUCCUAUGAAGUCUGGUGCCUUUUACCCUUCUAUUGGUUGAACAUUCACAAUCUUCACUUAGGCAUAUGCGCAAUGCUGCUAAUGAGUCGGUACUUCAUGGAGUCUUAAAUUCACACUACACCGGCACUGCAGCAUUCAACACGAAUUAUCGUACACUACGCGCCAUGCACGCGCCAGUCUCCACUAUAUUAGGAGAUUUUUAGUACUAUUAGUGAGAGGCACAUACAACAACAUAUCCAGAGCAGGUGUUUAAAAAAUUGUUGGAAAUUUAUAAUUUUUGACUUUUUGACCCAAAGGUAUUUAUAAAUGGGAAUAAAUAUGUACUUUGUAAGUAUUAAACAAGUACGUUUAAAACCAGCUUGGGGCCUGGUUGACGAUAAUGUGACGUCCAGGCCCCAACCAUACUUGUUUGAAAACCGGUUAAGCACAUAUGUAUUCCCUUAUUAAAAUCGGCGGCUUCAGGGCUGUUUAAUGGACUGUUGUUGCCUUAGCUGUAAUAAGCCCCACCCAAGCCACAUACAUCAUGCAUAAAUAAGUGCCAACAUGUCAGACUUUGUCACGAAAUCAUGGUCGUGAUUGGUGGAAACAUCAUGGGUGGGGCUUAAGCUUAAUACAUUGGUCCAUUAGAAUUUGUGGGCUGCAAAGGACACAUAAUGUGUCUGUGUGUACCUUGCAGAAUCAGGUGUCAUAAAUGUUACCUUUUUUUAAAAUUAAAGUCGAGGGGGGCAGGGAAAAAUCCUGGGCUCAUCGUGCAGCAGUAAUGCUUUUAUGAAAGUUGAAGGGCAGUAAAUUCUGUAUUGGUCUUCUAACAGGAUAUAGAUUUGUUAGUAUUUUUAAUAGCCAAGAAAAAAGAAACUCUCUGUCCUUUGCUAUCAUAAUGUUCAUUAUAUAUACUGAUUAUUAUGAUGGAUCUACUUUUUUGUAAAUAUUAAAAAUUCUAGAGAGGGGGUUUAUCCCAAUUAAUUUUUUUUAAAUCUCUAAACUAAACUUUCUUGUGUUGUUCCCAAAUAAAUAUAUUUGUCAGAAGUGAAAAAAA